AAAUACUUGAUCCAUUUCACGCGGUUCCAAAACCGACCCUACUUUUCUUUUUCCCUUCCUCUUUCUCAGUUACGUACCUUUCCUCUCUGUUGAAGCUUUAAGACACCAAUUCAGCUUUCUAACACUCUUCCUCAAUCAAAAUGGCAAAUGUGGUGGAGUUGAAAGUUGGUUUGCACUGUGACGAGUGCAUCAAGAAGAUUCUCAAGGCCAUCAAGAAAAUUGAAGCAGAUAUUGAAACGUAUAAUGUGGACACGGAGAUGAACAAGGUAACUGUUACGGGGAACGUUACAAGAGAAGAAGUGAUCAGAGUUCUUCACAAGAUUGGGAAGAAUGCUGCUGUUUGGGAAGAUGAUACUCAAACCAACAAGUGAAGUUGAGUCUACCAAACUAGUUUAGUUUUUUCCUUUUCUGCACAAAAUAUAUUAAUAGUAAUAGUACUUCUGCUAUAACUUAUUGCGCUAUAUGUAGCUAUAUUAUAUAUGUCGGAUGUGAGAUUAUAUAAUGUAUAUACGAAUAUAAUGUUAUAUCUACUUCAGUUUUGUA